CCGCCACAGCGCGCACAGUCUAAAACAGACUCGUUAACGUACUGGAAAACCGGAGAGACACGGAAACGCCCCACACCGCACUCCCCCUGCCAGUCUCCACAUCUCUGGAGACACAUCUGAACUAAUUCAACAGGGCAAAGGCAGAAGUAGGCUAGCUGGAGGGACCAAAAGCAUCUGUGAUUUGUUUGUGGAAGUAGCGACGCUCAUGGCGGAAGCUUGGCUGCUCUAAGAGGGUCACUUCAGUGGAUUUUAGUGGAAGAAACUCGUCUGUUGGAUGUCAGUCAGAAGAAUAAUGGAUGCGCUCAGAUUGUCCGCUGCUCUUCUUCUACUUCUGUCUUUAUUUAGCCAUGGAAGUGCUAUACAGUUCCCCGACUCACAUCUGACCCGGAAAUGGGCGAUGCAGAUGCAGGAGGAGCUAGUGCAGUUGAUGGAUGCUGAGACCGGUAUACAAAAGCUCCAAGAAAUUUUCCUCCAGUCUCAAAGAUACUAUGACGUGAAGCAAAACAACCCUACACAGCUGGUGGCAAAAGCUGCACUUGAAAUCAAGAACCUUCUUGCCAACCGUUCCAAAGCUCUAAAAGCGCUGGCGACGGCUGCAGAGAACCUGCAGAAGGAGCACCAGUGGAAGGAUGAUCUUGAUGUGAAUGACACUAUCUACUACAAUGCCAAGGACAAGUUUGACAUUAAUGACACGGAAACACACCAGAACCGUUUCAAAGUUGAAUUCAAAGAGGAUCCAGUUUUCAAACGCCCUGUUUCAUACAACACAACAGCAGUGCACAUUCCUACGGAUAUCUACGAGGGCUCCACUAUAAUCCUGAAUGAGCUAAACUGGACUGCGGCUCUAGAUGAAGUCUUCAAGAAGAACAGGGAGAAUGACCCGUCCCUCCUCUGGCAGGUGUUUGGCAGUGCAACUGGCCUGGCUCGAUACUUCCCAGCUUCCCCUUGGGUUGACACAAGGAGCACACCAAAUAAGAUCGACCUGUAUGAUGUACGCCGAAGGCCCUGGUAUAUCCAAGGUGCAGCUUCACCUAAAGACAUGUUGAUCCUUGUGGACGCGAGUGGAAGCGUAUCGGGUCUGACACUGAAGCUCAUUCGCACUUCCGUCAGUGAGAUGCUGGAGACUCUCUCCGAUGAUGAUUACGUCAACAUCGUCUCUUUCAACAAUUCGGCCAAGUCGGUCGCCUGCUUUGAAAACCUGGUCCAAGCAAAUGUCCGCAAUAAAAAGAUUCUGAAGGAGGCGGUACAGAAGAUCACAGCGAAUGGCACCACUGACUAUAAAAUCGGCUUCAAGGAGGCUUUUGAGCAGCUCUCCUCAGUUAAUGUCACAAGAGCAAACUGUAACAAGAUUAUCAUGUUAUUCACCGACGGAGGAGAGGACAGAGCCUCAGAGAUCUUUGAAGAGUACAACUCUAAGAAGAAGGUUCGAAUCUUCACCUUUUCUGUGGGCCAGCAUAACUAUGAUAAGAUGCCAAUUCAGUGGAUGGCUUGCAAUAACAAAGGUUAUUAUUAUGAGAUCCCCUCUAUUGGAGCCAUCAGGAUCAACACCCAGGAGUACCUGGAUGUGUUGGGUAGGCCCAUGGUGAAGGAAGACAAUAAUGCAAAAACUGUGCAGUGGACCAACGUUUAUGUGGACGCUCUAGAAUUGGGCCUUGUGAUUACAGGCACUCUGCCAGUGUUCAAUAAGACCAGCACCAGGAACAGUCAAGACAAGAAUAAGGACCGGAGCCAGUUGAUUUUGGGGGUGAUGGCCAUAGACGUGUCUCUGGAUGACAUCAAGAGACUGACUCCACAUUACACUCUCGGACCAAACGGAUAUUACUUCGCCAUCGACCCCAACGGCUAUGUGCUGCUUCAUCCCAACCUUCAACCAAAGGAUCUCAAAUCUCAGGAACCCGUGACACUGGACUUCUUGGAUGCAGAACUGGAGGAUGAAGUGAAAGUGGAGAUCAGAAGAAGUAUGAUAGAUGCUCAGAAGGAUCAAAAGAGAUUCCAAACACUUACGAAGUCUCAAGAUAAGCGCUACAUAGACAGAGGCAUCAGAACCUACACUUGGGCUCCAGUCGAUGAAACAGACUACAGUCUUGCUUUAGUUCUACCUGAUUACAGUGUCAGCUACAUCAGGGCCACUAUACUAGACACCAUCUCUCAGGCCAAAUCUUGGAAACUCUCAGAAAAUUCUGUUUCUGAAAGCCUGCAGGUGGACAAAUUUGAAGAGUAUGGAUAUACUUUAAUAGCACCCAGAGAUUACUGUACAGACCUGAAAGCCCAGUGUGACAACAUCACACAAUUUCUCAUCGACUUCAACGAAUACAUAGACAGAAAGACCCCCAACAACCCGCUGUGUAAUAUGGAGCUAAUAAACAGACUGCUGCUGGAUGCUGGCAUCACCGCUGAACUGGCCAAAUACUGGAGCGAACAGGGACUGAGUGAGAGAAUCAAGGCUAAGUUUGUGGCGACAGACGGCGGUGUUACUAGAGUCUAUCCUGCAAGUGCUGGUUCAGAAUGGACCGAACAGGCAGAAACAUACAAGUCUAGUUUCUACAAGAGAAGUCUGGACAACGAUGUUUAUAUAUUUACAUCAGCACCAAAUGCAAACAAUGAAACUCAAGAUUCAGUUUUAGCGAGCAGAGCGAUGGACCUGAGAGUUGAUGAAUUCAUGCUGAAGCCAGCAGUGGUUGGAGUAAAACUGGAUGUACUGACUUGGAUGGAAAACUUUAUAAACGCUACAAUUACGCCUAAUUGUGUUGGUGAAAUCUGUGGGUGCAGGAGGAGCGAUGUCAAUCUGGACUGCUUUCUUCUGGACGAUGGAGGUUUCCUUGUCAUGACCAAUAAGGAGCUCUCUAUGAUCGGACAGUUUUUCGGUAUGAUUGACCCCACUCUAAUGAGAAAUCUGAUAAACGAAUCCCUGUUCUCAGUCAACAUAACCUACGACUACCAGGCCCUCUGUGAACCCACCACAGAAUCUAAAGCUGCCGCUGGUCUCAGAUCAGUCUAUGUGCCCACCAUAGCUGACAUCCUGAACAUUGGUUGGUGGGCUUCUGCAGCAGCCUGGUCAAUAUUGCAGCAGUUAUUUGUCAGCAUCACAUUUCCUAAUUUCCUUGAGGCAGCGGAUCUAGAUGAGGACCUGUCUGAAAUACCAUCCAAAGAGAGUUGCAUUAAAGAGCAGAAACAGUAUUUCUUUGGGAACAACGAGACAACUUUUAAGGGGACUGUCGAUUGUCAGAACUGCUCCAGGCAGUUCAUAGCUGAAAAGCUUCCGAAGACAAAUCUGGUGCUUAUUGUUGCAGAUCCGCAAAUUCAUUGUCAUAAUGGUGAAAAAGGUUUCUCCCAGGAAGAAAAGCCUUCUCCAGGUCCAGAUCCCUGCAAGAUAGCCCAGAACCCACGCUAUCGGAAAGGUCCGACACAUUGCUUUGACAACAAUGCAAGUGAUGAGGCCAUGUGUAGGAGAAAUGCAGGCUCUCCACUGCUCUCCUCUCUGCUCAUGUUACUGCUGCCAGUGUUCAUGUGCUGUCUCGGGAACAGAACGAGGAUUGCGGUGGAGCGUCGGGUCUGAGUCCAUCAGUCCUGUCCAUGGUCAUGCUGCAGCUGCCGCUGCUCUGGCUUCUGAUUGGACGAGGACACUGCCUCUCGUGACCUCAGCAUGGAGAUGCCACACCCCCUUAACGAUGCCAAAACGUACCAGAUCCAGCUGCACAUAUGAUCGUUCAUCCGGACUCCCACGCUUCAGCCCAGCACAUGGAGGGAGAGGCUCUGACCCAAGUACAAAACCCAAGCCGCGAUCACUCACAGCCUUUAAGGUCAAAGUAGGUCGGAGAUGAUAAAUGAGCAACGACCUUUGACAUUUGACCUGUGAGGUCAGACUCUCUCCACGUGAGCAACGGGUGGGGGGGCAGUCUUACCUGGGUGGGCAGACCUUGACACUUCAUCGUCACUUCAGUAUGAAGAAACGUCCUCUCUUUAAAACGAAAAAACAAAUGAUCCAGUCACAACACUGCCAACCAAAGUUCCGCCCUUUAACGGUGUGAUGCCUUCGACAUAUUUACACGGCUAAUUCCUCAGUAUUACAAACUGUUUAUAUGUGACUUUUACGGCCUCGUCACGUUUGCCCUGCUGAGAUUUUUAAUGGACCCCUUCGGGUCCAAUCAAAAUUCAGCCUUGUUUGUGGUCUGCAGCGCAUUACUGAAAAAAAGGACAAAUUAGCUUGUGACCCAAUGCAAAAGUCUCUUGUUUUUCCCAGUGGUCUCCACCUCUGUGCCUCGGGAAUAUCGGUUUCAUAUCUGACCGCUGUUUCGAGUGAACAAUCCCUCCCUCCAUUGUACCCGUAUUUGCUAUCACACAGUGAUUUUUAUCCGCCCAUAGUGCAUUUCAAACAUGCACUGCUGCCAAAUGUUACCUUGUGUGUGGUCUUGCUGUACUUUGCACUUGAUGCCAAGCAGGUCAUGUGGCCAAACAGCCCUUUGGUUCUUAUUUAGGGCUUUUUAAAAGGCAGCCCAUUCACACCGACCUAAAAGCUCGCAAAGUUAUGCGUCCUGGCUGUGAAUAUGAAGAGAAAACCCCCGCUGUUGCAUGUGUGUGUUUAGCUUUUUUUUGGUGCAUUAGCUGUUUAUUUUAGAUUAAGUUAUUGAAAACGAGCUAAGAGUUUUCUGCUGUAUGUUUAAUGUUGAGUUUUAUGUGCUGUAUUUAAUGUAAGUGUGUGGAUAUGCAGAUGCUAAAGGGUGAAAGGCAUUUAUGACAGUUACUAUUUCCCACACUUUAAUAUCAUCUUGCGAACUCAGAAAGGUGGGAAGGAAAUGAUCUAAUGUUUACAGAUAUUUUGAGACACUCUUUAUAAGAAAUGUUGCCCCUGGUCGUGCUGUCUUUCGGGUGUAUGAGUCUCUGGUGUGUCAUUGUUCACUUUAAUAUCAGAGGCAGAGCUCUGUCAGCCUUUCUUUCCUGUCAAUGUGCCUUGACAUGAACGGAUUCAUAUAAAAAUAAGUGAAUUAAUAUCACAAUGUGCAAUCUGACCCUUAUCACUCAAUAUUGUCAUUCUGAUCUGACAAAAAUGAACCUUCUGUCUCUUUAAAAUAUCCUGACUGGAUCUCUUUUGCCUUUUUAUUUUAAUAAUUUUAUUCAUUUUACUAUUAUUACUACUGCUACUACUGCUAUUGAUACUUUGUUUAAGUUAAAUAUAAAAAUAUGAAACGUAGUAAAAAAAAAUAGGCUAAAUUUAGAAAAAAAUUCAUUGGGGGGAUAUGAUUACUUGUUAAAUGAAUAUUAUGUCUGUAAAAAAAGCAAAGCUUCUGUCUUUUUUUCUAUUUAGUUAUUAGAUAAUACUCAGUUAUUCAACAUUCAGUUGUUUUUCAGUAAAUUAAAGUUAUUUUUAUUUUGAAGUGAAGGAUGCCUGAUGCUCAUCCAAUGCCCCGUAUAUUCAAUAUUGUAUUGAUUAUGAAUUAUGAUGAUUAAUUAAAAGCAAACAAAUGAUUUCUGCAAGUUA